GCGUGCCGCACCUCUGGGGCUGCCACUGCGCCAUCCCCUUCGCUGCUGCUGCCGCCACCACCGCCGCCGCUGCCAUGCACGACCAUGGGGACCGUCCUCCCACGAGCCGUGCCCCCCGUGUGCACGCCUGGACCUCGGGCCGACGCAAGGGAGCCAGGGCACCGUCGCAUAAGCAAGGCAGCCGCAGGAAACCAGCAAUGAUCUUCUGCAUCUGCUUCCAGGCGUCGUCGGGUGCGACGGAAAGCCCCGAGGAGGAGGAGGAGGAGAACGACGAGGCCGACGAGGAGGUGAUGGCUCCUCCCACUCAGCUGGUCGCCGUGGAUAUGGAGCGGCUCGUCCCGCCCAGGCCGGACGUUGUCUGGGAGACGGAGGAGAAUGAUGGACCACCACCCAUGGAGAUGCUCCAGGAGGAGAGGCUGGUGGUGGUGGCUGGGAGCGAUGCACGCCAACAUGAACGCGACUCGGACACUUGUCACCACUCGUUCCCGGUGCUUGACUUCACGACAAUGUACCUCCACCAGGAGAGCGAUGAACCGAUCACGUGCCGCUCAUGGAGAGGGGGGAUGGAGGGUGACGGGGAAGCUCGCGUUUCCUGGCUGCUGUCGAGCCUGAUGCUCGGCGACAGAGACGCUUCCACGCCACCUUCCUCCCAGAGGGACCGCUCCUGCCACCCCUGGGAGGAGCAGCGCUUUAUCUGUGACAUCGAGGCCCCCCCAUCGCCCCCCAGCCUGCACAACUUUGUUAGAAGACGAAGCUCCUCGCUGGGCUCGUGCCGGGAGGAGAUGGAUGAGGCAGCAAUGGUUCGUCUCGCUCGCAAGAUCCAGGCCCUCAAGAAGAAGAUCCACCACUUUGAGGAGCGUUUUGAGGGGGAGCGGAGGUACAUGCCUUCACAUAGUGAUAAGGCGGCCACCCCAGAAGUGCUUAAGUGGAUGAACGACCUUGCAAAGUCUCGCCGGCAGAUGAAGGAGCUGAAGCUGCAGCAGUCCGUGGAGGAGAACGUCGAUGCGAACACGCGACGGAGAAGCAACACGCUACCCAAGAGCUUUGGCUCACGGGGACACGUGGACUCGGGCUGCCGGACCUGCCAUGGGAAGGUGGAGUCUGCUGAGGAGGCCGGGGAGGAGCUUAGCAGGAAGGCUGCUGAAAAUGAGGUCAUGGCCAUGACGCUGCAGAGCAUCAUGGAGAGAAUCUGCGAGAAGCGCAAUGAGGAGCAGAGGCCUGAGGACGUGACGGCCAUGACCAGAGAUCAAAUUGCAGCUGAAAAAACCGCCCUGCAGAAAGGACUGCUGCAAUUCGAGAAUGUUCACGGAAGGCCGGUGAGCAAGCAGGAGAAGCAGCUGCUGAAGCCACUGUACGAGCGCUACCGCAUGGUGAAGCAGCUCCUCACACGCUCGCGCAAUUUCCCAAUCAUCGGCUCCCCCGCCAGCCUGCGUCGUCACAUCCUACUCAGACCAAUCAUCGAAGGACAGACCACACAGUUCUCUGACGACAUUAAGGAGGAGAUGGAGGAUGCUGGCAACGUGCAGCGGGGAUGUCCCGAUGGAUGGACGGCUUUGGACAAGGAACGAAAAAAUGAGGGAGGGUCCAUGGAAGACCAAGGAGAGUACGUGGGAGAGGAGGUGGAGGAAGAGCUUCCCGAAAGAGAUGGGGAUUGUCGGGGUCAACUCUUCUUCCUGAGCCACUCGGAGGACGAGAGCGAUGCGGAGGGGUACGCGCCACUCAUGGAGGAGGCAUCCGGCAUGAGCAGUGCUAUCUCCAACGUCCACUCGCUCUCGCUCUCCGAGCUCCUAGAGCAGCUGAGGGAGACGAAGGCAGAAAAGCGCCAUCUUCGGAAGACCCUGCGUGACUUUGAGGACCACUUCUACAGACAAAAUGCAAGGAACAUUCAGAAGGAGGACCGGCUGUCCAUGGAGGACGAGUACAAGGAGUACAAGCAGGUGAAGGCCAAGCAGCGACUGCUGGAGGCACUGAUCACCAAGCACGACGCCUGCAAGGGCGUAUGAUGCUGCACGCGUGCGUGCGUGCGUACUGCACGGCCUGGACCCCCGUUCCGCCCUCGCCACGCAUAUGUCGCGGGGGUACGGCGAGCAGCUCGUGAGGAUCGCGAGCCCCGCUUCAACAUCGAGAAAAAUAAAUGAAAUAAAAUCACGAAGGAAAAACUCAGCAGCGGAUCCCUGGGAGAGAGACACGAUGUCACCCCCCCCCCCCCCCCCCCCGUUACGUGGGUAGAAGGGUAGGUGGGUGCAUGGCAGGUACAAUGAAGAUACGUGCCCAAGAAAGCCAGAUGCCCCCACCCCCCAGUUACUACUUAAGGCUUUGUAUUGGGGUAUCCACACAAGAGUUUGGAGAUGUGAACUGCAUGCAGGUUGUAUUUCUAAAAACUACGUGGAGGAAAGAAGGUCUGAAAACAAAUGAAUGGUAAAAAAACAAAUUAAUUUCUACAAGCAAGAGGUGGUUUUUUUUCAUUCGACAUUGCGACAUCGGUUGUGUCUGAAGCUAUGAUGGGUUCCCGCGAUGGGCUAUGCACACCAAAACCACUUGCAGCAAGAUAUUGGAGGCCCAUCUGUCGACGCAGCACUUGGCUGGUCGAAAUCGUAUUGACGUAAUCCAGCGAGGUUGAUGGAAUGUCUACAGAUUAAGUUACGACUGGCCACGAUCAAGAAUUUGCCAGCCCUGUUUGACGUCAACUGAGAUUAUGCAAUGCACUAUUUAUUACUUUACAGAUUGGUGGUUGUAGAAGCCAUAAAAUAAAAACAACAAGCUGCAAAGACUUUGAUAGCUUACGUCUUUUCAAGACAGGGUGUGUUUCUGACCGUAAUGCUGCGUCAGCUAUUGUGACUUGUCAGAUUUAACGGACUUUUAUUUUCUUUGAAAGGACUUUUAUUUUCUUUGAAAACCAACAAGGGCUGAGAAAAUACGCAACAGCCAAACACAAGAGUCUUUCAUGUACAUGGGUGUCCAUUGAGGUAUCAUCCAUUAUUGAACAACUACAGUCAGCAAUUUUGAGCUGCAUGGAUUACGUGAAAGGUAAAGUUAUUGCAAAAAAAAAAAACUUGAGUAAUUUUCAUCAGCACAUGAUGGAUGCAAUUGCAGCUGAUAUGUGGGCAAACACUUGAGACUCAAGUUUCAAUGCGAUGUCAUUGCCUUUGGUGGACACGUGGAACCUAAGGGAUGAAACUUGUAAAUCCUCACUCUAUUAAGUGUGUCGAGUUUUAUUGACUUUAUUUAAGCUAUUGACCAAUUAUAUAUGUAUUUAUAAUAAUCACCUCAAUGGACACCCUGUAAUGCUGUUACCUCCUUUAUGAAGCAAAAAAUGAGACAAAAAUAUUAUUAGAAGCAGGUUUUCUGAAAUAGAAAAACUUGCAAAAACAAGUCUUAAAACUGGAUGGGUGUGAAGCGCGGGUGUUAGUUAUCUGGAGAUGCUUUUAAAUGGCCAAAAUGGGCCAUGUCCAAUGAUUGUAACAUGUCUGUGUGCUAAAGGAAUCAUCUGAUUCUAUUUAUUUGUAUCCCUGUGAAUUCUACAUCGCUUGGGCCAUGCAUGCACACCUCUGACGAGCAAACGCCACUUUGUUAAUCGCGGAGUGCACACCCAGAUCGUUAGACCAGGCCAUGGAAGAGUGGCCUGCCCUCGCAACCUGUAGGGGACAACUUUGAAGAGCGAGUGCACACUUUCACUUGUGUAGUACGGACAGAGGAGGAGAAGGGGUACUUUGAAUCAAAGCUUCAGGCCUCUUGAACACCCACUUUGCCGAUUGGCAUGGGAACGCCAAGUCCUCGGGCUGUUCAAACACCUUCGCCGAGGUAACGUAUCUGCUUAUUGCGCAACGCAGGUUUUCAUCUCCAAGCAUGCGUGAAGGUUUUAUUUUCUAGUGAAGAACAGGUUUUGGUGUUAAAGGCAAAGAACCCCCACCCCGUAAUGAUGCAUUGAGACUUACAUCAUUAGAAAAUGUGCCUUUUUUUUCAAGGCUGCAGCAGACACUGUAGAGGCUGUCGAGACUGCAUGUUGUAAGAUCCUCAGAUUAAUUUUUGUGCGCAAAAUUUAAAUUCGGAGGAUCGAGGCAGCGCAGCAUUGUGGGAUGGGUCUUGUGCUGUGCACAACGGUGAAUAUUCUGCUGCGGUUGGACAUAAGUGGUGGAGUGUUACAAUAUGUAAUCGCAUUAGGUUCUGCUGCAGCUUAAUCAGCUGUUUUUAUAAGGACAAUAUAGAACACACUUGAUACCCCAAGUUAAACUCUUCCAGAUCACUUUAGCUCUUGGCACUUUGAAGAGGGUAUUUUUGUAUGUUAAAUAUUCGACAUUUUGUUGCGUGUUCUCGUCUUUUCACGUCAUUCCAUUGUGAAGGGCAUUAAUUGCAAAUGGCACGGAUCACUUUUUUUCUGCGUUAUCGGAGUCGCUCGUGUUUGCUGAGCACGUUAAUGGCGGAGGCGCGGCCGCUUGCGGUGGCGGCGGCUGCGGCAUCAUCAUUAAACUUUCGCUGAGAUUUUGUGUUUGACCUAAGUCUUUAAUGCAAUAAAAAUAUAUAUAUAA